AUGUUCCUUGUGCUCGCAUGCAACGCGUAUAGGCUACGCGAUAUCAGCGAUUUCCUGGACAUGGCAUGGGGCACCGUUGAUGCAGAUUCUGUACGGAGUCAAGCAGACUUGGACGCUCUCAAUGUCGACCUAAGGCAAGACAUGGAUUUCCAAAACGAAAUGUUUGCCGGAGGGAGAACUAGACAGGCAUGCCAAGAUGGGACUACUCUGAAGCUUGCCGACUUAGAGGACGAACGGAUAUCCCUCAAGCCAUUCAUUCAGAGUCAUCUCAGCAGCACCAACGAUGAAACAUUAAUAGUACUAACAUAUGAUUGGAAGUCGUCCAAGUCGUUCUUAAAUGCCAUUGGCGUAGAUACAGGCUCGUGGAGAAGCAACCUCGACGACCUUCUCCGGCCAAAAGAAGUGAUGAAUAUCAAACAAGAAUCUGCGAGACGAAGAUCACGCAGCCCUGGUCCAAGGCGUGUAUCUACGACUCAGUCCUCGUUUCCAGCAGUGACCAAGAGGGCAGUGGACACCGAAUUCAACAUCAUUCGCUUCUUGGAUGUUAGAGAGCUCUACGGGUCUGCAAAAAGAUCGGGACAUUUGGACACCAACCUCCUCGAAGCAUGCAAAGAUUUCGACAUGGUCGAAACUGAAAGCAUCCCUCCAAACACCUUUUGUGCUGGAAACGAACUGUCUCUUAUAUGGAGCCUUUUCAAGAAGAUGGCUCUUGGACCAUCGGUUGAUGAGAUGUGGACAGCCCAGUUCAAGGACAAGCGCAUAUCCGCGUACUCUGAUGAUGAAGAGGAUGAGAAUGAAGAUGGGGAUGGCACACUAUUCUCAGCACCACCACCGACGCAGAGCGGAAGCAGCGCUCAAAACUCAGCACCAAGGAAUAAAGAUCCAUUCGGCUUGUGGGAUGCAGAUGAAGAUAGGCUCCUAGAUGACUAG